GGACAAAUUGAUGAACAACUUUCUGAGAGCAUUGGCAGAUGCUGCCAGAGAGAAAACAGAGGAAAGAAAGCGAGAUGAAAUCAUUUCAAAACUACUGGAUUCUGCACGUUCUUUGACAAAUGAAGAUGAACUGGAAAUGUUUCAGGACUACCUUCAAGAAGCACUAGACAACGAAAACAGACAGAAGGCAGCAGCAGAGGAUAGAAUUGACUCAGCCCUAAUGCAAUUGGACGGACUGUUUUAUCAUGAAAUGCUUAAGAUAUUACCAAUGAAUUCAUUAACAGUUGAACUGCAAGAAAUGAUCAGUACUGCAAUGAGAGUCUUUAAGAAAGCGAAGAGCUACUUACAAACAAAGAAAAAAGGUUUUGCUCAAAAAGGAGAGGACACUGAGAAGAAACUAAAAGAUUCUUUAAAACAGGAUGUUCAUUCUGACUUGUAACAGCUUGUAUGUCUGUUUCUGUGAAAGUUAAAGGUAGAGUUCUAAGUGUUUCUAUUUUUGAUUUUUGUAACUCUAAGGAGGUUGAUGUAACAACUUUAUGUUCUUCCCAUUUAAAAACAUGUCAUGGUUUUUAGAUUACGCAAACAUGAUUAUACAAUAAAAAUUAU